AGUCCCGUGUGACUUUUUCAAAAUCUACUCAGAAAAAGAUCCGAGUAUGGCAUCCCUAGUUGCUCUCGUCUCUGCUUUUCUCAUCCUUCAAAUUCUCUCUCCUGUCGACGCACUAAGUACAAACUACUAUGACCACACUUGCCCCCAGCUCGAGGCUACGGUCACGGCUGCUGUCAAGCAAGCCAUGAUGAAUGACAAAACUGUUCCGGCUGCACUCUUGAGGAUGCACUUCCACGACUGCUUCAUUAGAGGGUGUGAUGGUUCUGUUCUGCUGAACUCAACGGGAGGCAACACAGCAGAGAAAGAUGGGCCUCCCAAUAUCUCACUGCAUGCCUUCUACGUUAUCGACAAUGCGAAGAAGGCAGUGGAAGCACUGUGCCCCGGUGUUGUCUCCUGUGCAGACAUCUUGGCUCUCGCUGCUCGCGAUGCUGUUGCUCUGUCUGGAGGACCCACUUGGAAUGUGCCAAAAGGGAGGCUAGAUGGAAGAACAUCAAAGGCAAGUGACACCAGGCAAUUACCAGCCCCCAUCUUCAACAUCUCUCAACUCCAACAGAGUUUCUCCCAGAGAGGCCUUUCCAUGGAAGAUUUAGUGGCUCUAUCAGGAGGCCACACGCUGGGAUUCGCUCACUGCUCAUCGUUCCAAAACAGGAUACACAACUUCAGCCCCACCACCGACGUGGACCCAUCGCUGAGCCCAUCCUUCGCGGCGAACCUACGCAACGUGUGCCCGUUGGGCAACACGGCAAACAAUGCCGGAUCGACGCUGGACUCAACCACCACCACCUUCGACAAUGUCUACUUCAAGAUGCUGCGUCAGGGCCAGAGCAUCUUCUCUUCGGAUCAAGCCCUGCUCACGAACCCGCAGACCAAGGCCUUGGUCUCCAAGUUCGCGAGCUCGCAGCAGGAGUUCAAUAAGGCCUUCAUCCAGUCCAUGAUCAAGAUGAGCAGCUUGACCGGCGGCCAAGAGAUUAGGCUCGACUGCAAAGUGGCUCGUUAGAUACGUCUUAUUUGACUUUAGUGUGCUUUCGUGUGUGUGAGAGAGAGAGAGAGAGAGAGAGAGAGAGAGAGAGGAAGAUGAAAGAAUAUUUUUAUUUGGAGAAAAUAAGGUAAGGUUUAUUAAUGUGGGUGUCGAUUUGAAUAAUUUGGGUUAGACUCUUGCUGUUGUGUAUUACACCAUUGAAAGUGAAGGGUGACCAACAGAGAUGGAGCUAUUAAGAGUGGUUAAUAAUUUGUUGAUAGCUUGGUUGUCGAGUUUCAGAUGUGAUUCGUAGGUUCUGCAUUUGUAUUUUCCCAAUCAUAUUUAUGAAGGGUGUUGUGCUCAACUUGUUUUUUU